GCCCCGCCCCUGGUGACGCAACGCGCUCAGCUGUGCGGUAAACAGCGGCGGCGAGCGGCUGCGGAUGUCGACCCCAUCGCGGGGACUGACGGACAGCUUCAGGAGGAGACAUGCCCGCUGCUGCUCCUCACCCGCUCUCUGACACCCUCACCUUCUCCACCUCCACCCUGCGGCACCGAUGAAGCCUCCCCUGUCGAACCCACAGCGGGCCGAAGGGCGGAUAGAGGAGAGAGAGGAUGUACUGGCGCGUCGGGUUCGCCUGGAGCCGCUCCUGCGCGCUUGAACUGGGCCGGAACAAGAGCUUCUCGCUCGGGUUGUGCGGCUCCGAGGAGCCUUUUUCGUUGUAUGGGUACAUCAUCGCCUACCCGCUGCAGGAGUACGGAGGGAUCAUGUCUGCGUUAGGAUCCGACUCCUGGUGGAGGAAAACGCUCUACAUCACCGGGGGCGCGCUGCUCGCCGCCGCUGCAUAUUUGCUACACGAGCUGCUUGUCAUUAGGAAGGACCAGGAGUUGGACUCUGAAGACGCCAUCAUUCUGCAUCAGUUUGCCCGACCCAAAACUGGAGUCCCUAGCCUGUCCCCCUUCUGCCUGAAGAUAGAAACCUACCUGCGCAUGGCGGACCUUCCCUACCAGAACUAUUUCGAUGGGAAGUUGUCUCCUCAAGGGAAGAUGCCUUGGAUCGCGUAUAAUAAGGAGCAGGUGUGCGGGACGGAGUUCAUCAUCGACUUCCUGGAGGAGAAGCUUGGCGUGAACCUCAACUCCAGCCUGAGUCCUCAGGAGAAAGCCAUCUCGCGUGCCAUCACCAAAAUGGUGGAGGAACACUUCUACUGGACGAUAGCAUACUGUCAGUGGGUGGACAAUGUGGAGGAGACGCAGAAGAUGUUAGCCACAAACGGGCCGCUGAGUGACAUGCUCAGGUGGAUCUUGAGUCAGGUGAACGGUGGCAUCGUGAAGAGAGAGAUGUACGGACACGGGAUCGGACGCUUCUCCAAAGAGGAAGUUUACACUCUGAUGGAGACAGACAUGCGCACCCUUGCCACACUCCUUGGCAAUAAAAAGUAUCUAAUGGGCCCGAAGCUUUCCACAGUAGAUGCUGCUGUAUUUGGUCAUCUUGCUCAGGCCAUGUGGACUCUCCCUGGAACGCGUCCGGAACAGUUAAUCAAAGGUGAGUUCAUCAAUCUGGCCAUGUACUGUGAGCGAAUCCGGCGGAAAUUCUGGCCGGAGUGGUUUGUGGAUGUUGAUGACCUUUACUACGACGGACUGAGCGAGGAGCCGGAUUCUCCUUCCCAGCUUCCGGAUUUGGGUCUCUACUCGCGGGGCGACAGCUUCCAGGAGCAGGACAGCACUCUGUCACACCACAACACACCGUCGCCGGACAGCGACAUCACCGGACACUCUCUGUUCGAUUCUGACAUGGACACAGAAUGCUCGGAAACGGAGCAGUUAAAGUGAUAACCACACCCCCUCUGUGAUGUAUCUGCACGGGCCCCGCCCCCUUUGUUCUCCCGCUAGCCCUUUAUCAGGGGAAGGGCUGAUCAAAUGAAGAUGUUAUAUCAUGGUGACGUGGCAACUCUGAGCGAGGGAUUGCAAUAAAGCAGAUGGGAAAAGCAUUCGGACAAUUUUUAUUUGACGAAAGAGGAUUUUAUUAAACGAGGAAAGGGCAGGCCAGGCCAGAGAGAAUCCAGAUCAACAGGAAGAAAAAACAUCAAACAAAAUAAUAAAAGUGGAUAGAGUGAAAAUUUAAAGGAGUGAAUGAUGCUUCAGCUGAAUCACUCCUCCCGCCGUGUGACAUCAUCACAGUGCUCGGAAUCAUCAGAAUGACAUCAUCACAUGUGACCACUUCCCAUUUGCAAUGUGUGUUUGUAGCUAAUCAGCAUUUCUUACAUCCUGGGAUUUAUUAUUAGUCAGAGAGAAAUAAGGA